AUGUCUCCCAUCGCAAUUGAAACCCAGGACGCGAACGUCGCUUUCAAAGACGACUCCGUUUACCAUGCAACUUCUACCAACGCUGCUAUCGCAGCCGAGCACGACUAUGCCGCUCACAAUUACCACCCUCUGCCCAUCGUUUUUGCUCGCGCGUCAGGCACUUCGGUAUGGGAUCCCGAGGGUCGCCAUUACCUAGACUUCUUGUCCGCAUAUUCUGCUGUCAACCAAGGUCACUGUCACCCUGAACUCGUCAAGGCUUUGGUCGACCAGGCAUCCAGGUUGACCCUGAGCUCACGCGCUUUCUACAAUGAUGUCUUUCCCAAGUUUGCCGAGUUUGUGACCAAGUUCUUUGGUUUCGACAUGGUUCUUCCCAUGUGUACAGGUGCCGAAGCAGUUGAGACGGGUAUCAAGAUUGCCAGAAAAUGGGGUUACAAAGUCAAGGGAAUUCCUGAAAAUCAAGCAAUCGUGCUUAGUGUUGAGAACAACUUCCACGGUAGAACUUUCGCCGCUAUUUCCAUGUCUUCCGACCCCGAGUCCCGCGACAACUAUGGCCCGUACCUGCCCAACAUCGGACACUGUAUCCCUGGAACCAACAAGCCAAUUGCCUACAACGACAAGGCCGCUCUCAAAGAGGCCUUCGAAGCGGCUGGCUCUAACCUAGCCGCUUUCUUGGUCGAGCCGAUCCAAGGAGAAGCUGGUAUUGUUGUCCCAGACGAUGAUUACUUGCAGGAGGCUCGCGCUCUUUGCGACAAGCACAAUGUGCUCCUCAUUUGCGACGAGAUUCAGACAGGUAUUGCUCGUACCGGAAAGCUUUUGUGUCACGAGUGGAGCGGCAUCAAGCCCGAUCUCGUAUUGCUUGGAAAAGCCAUUUCCGGAGGAAUGUACCCUGUCUCGUGCGUGCUCGGUCGCAAGGAUGUGAUGCUCACAAUCGAGCCUGGUACUCACGGAUCGACUUACGGAGGUAACCCCUUGGGUUCUGCCAUUGCCAUCCGCGCUUUGGAGAUCAUUCGCGACGAGAACAUGGUUAAACAUGCCGAGAAGCUUGGUCAUGUCUUCCGUGACGGCUUGACCGCGCUCAACAGUCCUCUGAUCCAGACUGUGCGUGGUAAGGGUUUGUUGAAUGCCAUCGUCAUUGACGAGAGCAAGACAGGCGGUCACUCCGCUUGGGAUCUGUGCAUGUUGAUGAAGUCCAAGGGACUGCUGGCCAAGCCGACCCACGAAAACAUCAUUCGUCUCGCACCUCCCUUGGUCAUUACAGAAGCCGAAAUCAAGAGUGCUCUUGACAUUAUCAAGCAGUCUCUUGAGGAGCUCCCCACCCUCUCUGGCAAGAAGGAAGAUGAAGUCAUUCCUCCUGCUGAAAAGAAGGUCAAGAUCGGAGUCGAUAAUUAG